CGGGGAGGGACAGUGCCGUAGCCAAUCAGCGUACAGCGUGGUGACGUCACCCGGGUGAGGGGCGUGGUGCCACGGCCAAGCCACGCCCUCAGGGGCGGAGCCCAGGACCCCCCCAGAACCCCCUGAUCCCCCCCAGCCAUGGAGCGCCCCCGAGCGCCCCCUCCUCCCGAGCUAGAAUUUGGGGGGCCUUGGGGCGCGGGGGCUCUGACGCUGCUGCUGCCGCUGGGGCUCGUGGGGGUCGUGAGCGCUAGCGUGGGGGAGGGGGAGGGCUGGGGGACCCCCGCCCUGGCCCUGCCCACCCCCCGCACCCUCGCGCUCGUCCUCGCCUGGGUGGGCGCGCACGGGCUCGGGAGCUGCUGGAGACCCCCGAGGACCCCCGAUGACACCCCAGGACCCCCUGGACCUCUCCGGGACCUCAGCUGGCUGCUGGCGCUGGGGGCCGCGCUGGGGGGGGCACUGGCCCUGGGGGUCCCCCUGCCCCCCCUGUGCCCCCUCCUCCCCCCGCUGGCGGCGGCCGCGUCCAGCAUCGCCUUCGGGGUCGGGCUCGUCCUCCUCGUGCGGCGGCGACUGCGGGGGCUGGGGCACGGACACCCCGUCUACGAAUUCUUCGUGGGGGGGGAACUGGGGUCCCCGCUGGAGCCACCCGAGAGUCUCCACUGGGAGCGGGUCGGGCUCAGCGCCUGGGAGCUGAGCAGGAAUUCCUCCCCUGGCCCUGGGGGGUUCCUUGGGGUCUUUGGAGCUCUGGCCUGGGGCCCUUUUGGGGGUCCCCUCCCAGCGCUGCUGCUCCUGCAGAGACCCCAAAACAGGCUGGGGGGAGCCGGGGGUGCCGCCUGUGGGGGGCUCUACGCCCUGGGGUUGUGGAUCUUCCACGGUGCCACCACCCAGAGGAGCCUCUUCAGCCGCAACCCCCAAGACCCCCGAGUGGCCAGUCUCCCCACAGUCCCCACGGCCACGGGACAGGUGCUGCUGGUGGGGGGCUGGUGGGGGCUGGUGCGACGCCCCGAUGACCUCGGGGAGCUGCUGAUGGCGCUGGGCUGGACCCUGCCCUGUGGCCUGUCCCCACCCCUGCUGCUGCUCCUGGUGGGGGCUGCGCUCCGGGAGCUCCGAGCAGUCGUGGGGGAGCGGCGGCAGCGGCGCCGGUUUGGGGGGGCCUGGGGGGGGUUGUGCCAGCGUGUCCCCCACCGGCUGCUGCCCCUCAUCUACUGAGGCUUCCUCUGAGACCCCCCUGCGACCCCUGAGAUCCACAGAGGGAUCCCCUGGGACCCACUUGGGAUUCCCCGCAUUGACUGUGGAACCCCCAAGGUACCCCCCAUCCACUGAGGCACCUUCGGGAUACCUCUCAAAUCAACCGAGGGAUCCCCUGGGACCCCCUCGGGACUACCCGCACUUACUGAGAAUGGGGACCCUCAAGACCCUCUCAUAUAAACUGAGGGACCCCCCUCGGGAUCCCCCCAACUGCUGAAGGGCCCCCAGGGUCCUCAUCCCUCCCGGUGACAGAGGUUCCACAGGUCCAUUACUGUGGAUCACUUGUAAUAAAGUCUUGGGGUCUUCCUCUUU